AUGAAAUCAUUCAACUUCAUAUCUAUCUUUUUAUUACUCCUUUCUUCGUUAGUGAAAGCAUACUCCAGUCCACCUGCUUGUGUUUUGGCAUGCGUUUCACAACAGGUUAGAAAUAGUGGCCAAUAUACUUUUAACCAACAAGCUUCAAUCUGUUCAAAUUUGGGUAAUGCAAUCAUUAGUUGUUUUUCCAGCACUUGCCCAAAUAAUGGGGCCUCUGCAGCUACUUCUUACUUCAAAUCAUUGUGUGGUAACAAUUUAGGUGGAAAUUCCACUAACUCCUCAUCAUCAAUUUCCUCUACAUCAACCACUUCAUCAGCCACUUCAUCCACAAUGAUCUCAUCAAAAUAUUCAUCUACUGUGAUGAUUUAUGGGAACGAAACCUCAAAUGAAUAUUCUAAGACCACCCUUUCAAACGAAAAUACCAGCGCUGCCACAAGCACCGGUAGUUUUGAAGUUCAAACAACAAAGGCAACCGAGGAUGUUUCUUCCUCUCAAUAUGAUACUGCUACAACUUCAAAAUAUGAAACAACUUCUAGUAUUCAUACUAAUAUUGCCAUGCAAUUAGGCGAGGCGUCGUUGGUGACUCUAAUUUUGGGAUUCUUUUUUUCAUUGCUCUAA